UAACAAAAGGACCGCGGCCGACUGGCCGAAGAAGCUUGAAGCGGAUUUAUGGAUUAGAAGAGCAGAAGCAGGAGGGAUAUUAGAGGCGCAACAGCGACGGUGUGUCUCUUGACCACUUUUUCUUGUUGUUUGGGUCCAAAAUACUCGACGACGUCGCCUUGUCAACCGCGAAAGCGCGGUAAACGGCACCGCUGGGGAGACGCUGCUGCACGGUUUCCUUGACGACGCAAAACACGGUGUGUGGCCAUCUAGUCAUGAGCGAGUGGAGCGGCGAGGAUGGCAAGUGGCUGGAUGCCCACUAUGACCCCGUGGCCGGCCUGCGCACUUUCACUUCCUGCAUGGCGCUGGCCGACUUGAGCGGCGACGGGGACGGUCGCCUGGUGGUGGCCGACCUAGGCGGCGGCGCUUCGGCGGCGUCCAUGAAGCUGAAGGUGUACGGUGGCACGGCUCUGAGCAGCGAGAGCAUCCUCCUGGACCUUCCGUGCGGCCUGGUGGCCUUCUUCAUGGACCUGCACGAGCCUCGCGUUCCUGCCGUGGCCGUGGCAUCCGGACCCUGCGUGUACGUCUACAAAAACCUCAGACCUUACUUCAAGUUCACGCUGCCCGGACUCGACGUCAACACACUGGAGCAGGAUGUAUGGCAGGAGGCCAGGGAGGGGCACAUCGACCCCCCCGCCAUCAAGGAGAUGUUAGAAAGCCUCCGGAAGAAGGCCGACAUCCCGUUAUCCGCGCGCUCGCUCCACUUCCUGUCACUGGAUGACGAGCACCUGGAAGACUUUGUCCAGCUGCACAAACAGCAGCCAAUCAAACGACAGACCGUCAUCACGUGCAUGGGCACACUGAAGAAAAGCACGGCGGACGAGGACGGCGUCAGCUGCCUGCUGAUUGGCACCGAGAGCGCCCAUCUGUACGUGCUCGACCCCGAGGCUUUCGUCAUCCUUGCAAAGGUGGCGCUGCCGGCCCCACCCACGAUGCUGGACGUGACGGGUCAGUUUGACGUGGAGUUCCGCAUCACUGCGGCAUGUCGGAACGGCAACAUCUACAUCCUGCGCAGGGACUUGGACAAACCCAAGUACUGCGUGGAGCUGUCGGCGCAUCCCGUGGGCUUGGUGAGGCUCGGCAAGAACAUGGUGGUGGGAACGACGGACCAGAACCUGCAGGGAUUCACGCAGAAGGGUAAGAAGCUGUGGAAGGUGGUCCUCCCGGCCCCCAUCUGCACCAUGGCCAGCAUGGACCUCCCCUCUCGAGGCUUCCAUGGGGUCUUCGUGGGCCUGGCCAACUGUGAGGUCCAUUUAUACAAGGACAAGAAUCUGCUGAGCACCAUCAAGACUCCGGACGCGGUGACCGCCAUUUGCUUUGGGCGCUACGGGCGUGAGGACGGGACCCUCAUCAUGACCCUGAAGGGCGGAGGUCUGAUGGUGAAAAUCCUCAAGAGGACAGUAGAGUUCCAAGACCGGGACAGUACUCCCGGACCCCCGGCGGCCCAGAGCAUCCGUCUCAACGUGCCCAAGAAGACCAAACUGUACGUGGACCAGACCCUGAGGGAGCGCGAGAACGGUACGGCCAUGCACCGAGCCUUCCAGAUGGACCUGAUCCGCCUGCGACUGGCGGCAGCCAAGGCUUACGCCAAGGCCCUGGAGUCCAGUCUGACUCCGGUGUCGUCCGGUUCCGGGCGAUCGCUCAAGAUGAACGCCGUGGUCCAGGGUCUGGGCCCGUCCUUCAAGCUCACUCUUAACAUUCAGAACACGGCAGCGUGUCGGCCCAUCCUCAAUCUGGCAGUCAGCUUCCUGUACGACCAAAGCUUGUACAGGAUGAGGAACCCGUUUCUGAAGAUCCCGCUGCUGGUGCCGGGACUGGUCUACCCGGUCCAGACCCUGGUGGAGUGCGCUAGUGACAAAGGCAUCUCUGACAUCAUCAAAGUUUUUGUCCUACAUGAAGAGCAGAGCACGCCGCUGCUCACCGCUCACAUUAACAUGCCCGUCAGCGAGGGAAUCAACUGAGACGCUCGACUUAGCUUAAUUUAAUUUAUCUUCGCUUUCCAGGCGGUCCUGUAAAAAAGUAGGGUCAAAAAUUGGCAAUGUUGAUAAAUGGCAUUUCCGGACGCCAACAAUAUUUCUUUCGACACUCCUCUUUGCCAAGAUAACGCAUCAGACUCUGUUUUUUUAGUGUAACCGAGCCAAGGCACAUAUUUUCUCUUCUCAUGGCACAUCGACAAAAAGUGGUACACAAAGUACAUACGUCUCCAAAAUGAUUGGUGACUUUUAUU